UAUUAACGCACACGUGUGUGUAUAUGUAUGUGAAGAGGAACAAUGUGUACGAGAAGACGACGUUUCGGGUAAUGGCCCGUCUUCGUGGCACGUAAAUCAGACGUGGCCGUUUCAGCGAAACGUCGCCUUCGCAGCAGCAUCACCACCACCACAAUCGCAUUUAUCUGCAUAAUAAAGGCGUUUGCGUCAAUUAAAAAGUGAUUUGGUUUCUGACGCCCCCUUAAGCAUAAUACAAAUGCACUUUUGUUUAAAAUUUCUAAAUACUCCGUACAAUAAAAAAUUGUAGCGGCUUCCAGUGGCUGGUGUGUGAGGACCAAUUUUAAGCAUUUCGCAUGCAAUACAUGGGGCUUGGUAUCGCUGUGCACGAGACGAUAAGAACCACGGCUGCAGCCUCCUCAACAUCGUCGCCAGGGCCUAGAGCUUUGUCGUAUCGAUCGCGACUAAUUGAUGAAGAUUAUUAUUAUAUAAAUGUGGGGAGGAUGUGGCUGGUGGUGGUGGGAGGUUCAUGAGACCGGAAGAAGUGAAGGUUCGAGACCGCCUCCCCCCACGUGGUCCACGACCCCCCUCCAAUGUGCUCCACGACACCGAGGUGGUCCCCGGCUCAAAUCACCUCCGCGGCGUCUCUUCCCGAGCCGCAGGCUCCUCGCUGACAAAUAUAAAACCAAAGAGAGAGAGACGGGAGAAGAGAGAAAGUCGUUACAAGUCCGUGUGGUUUCGCUCGCCAUGGCGUUGUACGUGGAGGCGAUGUCCGUGCUGGAGCGAGCCGAGAGGAAGGAGGGCUCUCUCAAGAGCCUCGUCUACCGGAGCAGCUUCAAGAACGUGAAGCAGCUGUACGCGCUGGUGUGCGGCGUGCUGCGCUACGAGCCGGUGCUGCACCAGCUGCUGGAGUCGAGCCGCCUGUUGCGCUCGGAGAAGCGGCUCGACAGGCAGCUCGCCAAGUUGCUGGUGUUUGACCUGCUGCUGGGCCACGGGGUGAAGUGCGGCGGGCGGUGGAAGGUGAUGAUGAAGCGCCACGCGGCGGAGCUGGGCUCGGCGCUCGCCCGCAUGAAGGUCCGUCACGGCGUGAGCACCAACCUGGACCUGCUCACCGCAGUGGGGGGGCGCGCCGCCACCAAAGAGGUUCUGCUGCCGCGGUACGCGAGGGUGAACACGCUCAAGACGACGGUGGACGACGCCGUCGACUACUUCAAGAGGCAGGGCUUCACCUUCAUCGGCGCAGCAGACUGUGCCCAAACCGUUGAUGACCUCAAGGGCAAGAGGUUUGCGCGAGACAUCGACGUCCCGGAGGUCCUCGUCUUUCCUCCAAAAACGGACCUCCACGACGACCAGCUCUACAAACUCGGCAACAUCAUCCUGCAGGACAAGGCGAGCUGCCUGCCGGCGUUCGUGCUGGCGCCUCCCCCAGGCAGCCAGGUGCUCGACUGCUGUGCCGCCCCCGGGAACAAGACCAGCCAUCUUGCCGCCAUCAUGAAAAACAAGGGGAAGAUCCUGGCGGUGGAUCUGUCGACUGAGCGCGUCGCCACGAUGAGCACACAGCUCCUGCGCGCCGGCGUCUCGUGCCACCGGUUGCAGUGCGCCGACUUCCUCGCUCUCGAUCCACACGACCCGAGCUAUGCCAGGGUGCAGUACGUGCUGCUGGACCCCUCGUGCAGCGGAUCCGGCAUGGUGGGGCGGAUGGGCGGAGCGGCGGACCGGGGCGGCGACAGCGGCGGCGUCGACGGCACUGGUCAGACGGCCAGCUCGCAGGAGCGCCUCCGGGCUCUGAGCGCGUUCCAGGCCCGAGCCCUGCGCCACGCUCUCGGCUUCCCGGGCGCACUCCGCGUCGUCUACUCCACAUGCUCCGUGCACCAACAGGAGAACGAGGACGUGGUGCGGCAGGCGCUCGCCGACUCCGCGGGGGCCUUCAGGCUGGUGCACAUCCUGCCUGAGUGGCGUCGCCGCGGUCUGCCCGUGUUCCCCGGGGCGGAGUGCUGCGUGCGCGCCGACCCGCACGAAGACCGCACGCACGGCUUCUUCGUCGCUCUGUUCGAGAGAAAUGCGGGGGGCGGUGGUGGCGGUGAUCUCGUCAAACCUGGAGGGGGAGGCAACGGUGGAGAUGUUGAUACGGCGGUCCCCUCUCUGGAGCUGCGUCGGGACCUUGGUUGUCCUGACGGGCAGAACCAGGAGAAGGAAGAGGAGGCGAAUGGAGGUGGAAUGGAGACCUUGGUGAAGAGCGGUGUGACAGAAGGUGGAAAGACAAAGAAGAAAAGGAAGCGGAACAAAAAUAAACGGAAGACGUGUGCGGACAGCACAUGAGACGCGCGGGGGGGAGUUGGUUGAACUGGAACGAGCUGCCCUGGCAUCCCAGCCCGGAGAGGACUCCUUCACCUCCAGUCCUUAAGAGCUCUCCGGUACUACAAUACAGCCUCCUCUGCCACAACGCAGCCUCCCUCGCCACCACACGGUCACAACACGGCCACAACACAGCCUCAUUCUACCAGGUCCCUCUGCCAGCUGUCGUGUGAUGUUCUAUCUCCAGUUCGUUGUGAGGAUUUCGUUUUUGUGAUCCGUGUGGUUCAGUCUGUUCUGCUCAAAAUAAAGGUUGGUGCCGCUGGUUGGAA